AUGCUGAAAACCGUCGUGCGAAGGAGAGUCUUGACACCGGUUUGGGUGAAUGGUGUCCAGAAGUUGAAGAUAACAUCACAAUCAGUUCCACGACCGCCUAGAGGGCUCGUCCCUCCUGUGCUGGAUGAGAGCGUACACCAUGUGCGCUGCAUACAGCAACUCCGUUCAAAAGACAACGACAUCGAGAAGUACAUAUAUCUCAGCCAGCUCAAGGACGCGGAGCACCGAACGUUCUACAAGAUAUGUCUCGACAAUAUGUCCGAAAUUACGCCCAUCAUCUACACCCCAACCGUUGGAGAUGCUUGCUUGCAAUUCUCUCAUAUUUACCGAAGACCAGAAGGACUGUAUGUUUCAAUUAAAGACAAGGGUAGUAUCGGCAAAGUACUCCGGAAUUGGCCCCGGAUCGACGAUGCUCGGAUAUCUGUCGUGACCGAUGGGUCUCGAAUCCUGGGGCUUGGUGAUCUUGGCGUCAACGGUAUGCCCAUUGCGAUUGGCAAGCUGUCGCUCUACGUUGCAGGCGCAGGGAUCCGACCAAGCUCCACCAUCCCCAUUUGUCUCGACCUUGGCACGAACAAUCCCAAGUUCCUCGAGGAUCCGCUUUACCUCGGGCUGAGGCACCCGCGCGUGUCGAAGGAAGAGAUGACCGAGUUCAUGGAGGAGUUCAUGCACGAAAUGUCCGUUGUAUUCCCCAAGCUCCUCGUGCAGUUUGAAGACUUCUCCACGGACAAAGCGUUCGCGCACCUCUCGGCGUUCCGCGAACGCUACCCCGUCUUCAACGACGACAUACAGGGUACUGGGGCGGUCGUCCUCUCGGGCUUCAUGAACGCCGCGCGCCUCUCGUCCGCUGCGUCGGGUCGCCCGUUGUCUGAUCACCGCAUUCUGUUCCUCGGCGCGGGCUCAGCGGGCGUUGGUGUAGCGAUGCAGCUGAUGAGCUUUUUCAAGCUCCAAGGUCUCUCGACGGAGGAGGCAAGGCGGAGAAUUUGGCUCAUAGAUUCGCAGGGGUUGAUCUACAACGAUCGAGGUCCCAUGGCGGAGCACAAGAAGUACUUCUCGCGCGCCGACUACAGUGGUCCCCCAAUAAUGAGCCUGGCGGAUAUUGUCCAGCACGUGAAACCCACUGCCCUGCUCGGUCUGUCGACGCUCAAGAGCGCGUUCAACCAGUCCGUGAUUGAGCUGAUGUCCGCACUGAACCCUCGGCCCAUCAUCUUCCCGCUGUCGAACCCCGUGCGCCUUUCGGAGUGCGAGUACGAUGAGGCUGUGCAAUGGUCCAACGGCAAGGUGAUCUUCGCGUCCGGGUCGCCAUUCCCUUCGCAGGAGUACCAGGGUCACAUGCUGCACCCUGGCCAGGGCAACAACAUGUACAUCUUCCCAGGGCUGGGUCUCGGGGCGAUCCUUGCGCGUGUGUCGUCCGUGACAGACAGCAUGGUUGAAGCGUCCUCCCUCGGUCUCGCGGAUUCCCUUACGGAAGAGGAGCAUAAUGAGAAUCUAAUCUACCCGCGCAUUGAGCGCAUCCGUGAUAUCAGUGCUCAGAUCGCUCAUGGCGUUAUCCGUGCGGCUCAAAAGGCGGGCGUUGACCAAGCCACGUACUUGAGGAAUUUGUCGGAUGCGGCGCUCAUGGAGUACAUCAGAAGCAAGAUGUGGAAACCAUGA